AUGCUCUUCACAAAGGCUAUCUUCUCCAUCUUUACCUUGUCCGCUCUGGCUGCUGGUCAGCUCUACGAGCGUGAGCUUGCUGGCGAAGACCCUGCCAUGAUUGUUCGAGAGCUCCGCGACGACUACCUCGUCGCUCGUGACUACUUCAUGGAGGCUCGCGACUUGCUUGCUCGUGCCCCCUCUCUGGGAGUCUGCAAGAGUGCUGGCAAGUCCCACCCCAAGAACUUGAGUUGCAUGUCCAGCCAGGAGUACUGCGGUACCUGCAAGACCAACCAAAAGGCUGGUGAGGCGUGCUUCUGCAAGGAGGGCUUCGUGCGCGACCAGUCAAAGCUCCCUCCUCUGAAAAAGAUGGUCGGAAAGGAGCUCAAGAAUGGCAAGAAGGCUUAA